AUGAAUGAAAUAGAAAUAUUUGAAUAACUUGUUUAUGAUAUAAAUAUAUUAUGUGAUAUAGAAGUAGUAUAUUAACUCUUUUAGAUGAAUCAAUUUUCAUAUUAUUAUUCUGGAAUUUAUUUCAAGGCUAAUACAACCAAUUAAUUAUAUAUUUAUUAAUAAUUAUUUAAUAUUAUGAUUAAAAUGCAUUAAUUCUUAACAAGAAUAUUCGAAUUAUAUAUUUAGUUUAUUGAAAUUACAAGAGAAUAGAGUAAAGCUUUUGAUUAAGAGUUUAAUUUUUAAAGAUAAGAAUCUUCUCUCAAACAUAAGUAAUUUAAUUUAUAAAUAUAAUUAGUUUUUAAAAGAGACAUUAAAAAAGUAAUAUUGACUCAUAUAUAAUUGGGGGUAAUUAUAGUCAUUACAUAAAUAAUAAUGUAACCUUUUAAUAUACUUGUCAAAUUCAAAUAGAUUUAGAUUAGUUUUAUAAUAGAAAACUUAUAGAUCAUUUUUAAGCAACAAUAGUAAGAGUAAAUCAAUUACAAAAUUUGAUUAGUUUAAUUGGUCUGAUUAUUUAACUAAUAUUAAAAGUCUUUCAUUAAAUGCUUUAAUUGUAACAAAUGAUUAUGGAUGAAAUAAACUUUUGGAAUUAGAAAUUUAAUUUUGGAAAAUAGAAUAGCUGUAAAGAUAUACUAAAUUAAAAUAGAUUACGAUUGUAAAAAAUAAGAAUUAUAAGAGUUUAGCUUAGAGUUAUAGGAGUGAUUUGGAAAUAAAAUCUAGUUAAUCUAAAAGAAUAAAUGAAAUAAGAUGGACUAUCAAGUAAUUCAAAGAUAAAGAAGAAGAAGUGUUAUUUUAUGAGAUUUUUUAAAGGAUUAUAAAUUAUUUAAUAGAAUCUGGAAAAAUCGAAGGAAACGAAAAUAAAGUAAUAAAAAACAAUCAUCAAAAUAAAAAUAAUGAUUAUUAUUAACGAUGUUAAUUUAAUAAAUAUAAUAAAGAAGAUUAACAAUGGUUUUAAAAUAUUUAAGUAAUUAUUAGACAAGAACAGGACCAAAAAAUCAAGAACUAUUUGACAGAGAGUAGAAGAACUCUAUUAGAACUUCCUAAUAGUAUUACUAUAUAGUUUAAUAUAAUAGUUAAUAUUAAUAAUAGACAAGGAUACAAAAUAGGUUGGGAAGUAGAUUAAAACAGUAAGGAAGAUUUAAAAAUUGCAAACAAAGUUGAUUAAGACUAGAGGAAUAUCAGUAGUAUAAAUAACAAUAAUAAGAUGAUACUCAUUGUAAAAUGUAUUAAAUAUAAUAUUAAAUCAAUAGUAUAAUAACAUUUAUGAAAAAUAAGAAUUCUAAUAUCUUUAAAUACAGAUCUGUAAAAUAAUAAGAAUAUCAAUAAUCUUAGAUAAAAUAGGAGAGUUUUUAAUAGAAAGAAAGAAUUGGAUGAUGCAUAAUAUAAAGGAUAUUGUAAGUACUGUUAUAAAAAUAGGUCCUAGUCAAUAUAGGGAAUAGAAUUUGGUCAACAGAAAUAAGAUUGA